AAGCGUGUUCACUCUAUACAAAGAAGGCAGUCUAUGUAAAGGUAAAAUCUCGUGAUAUAUACAGCACGCGUACGACUCGGAAAGAAAAAGAAAGACAGAGAGAGAGAGAAAGAGAGAGAGAGAGAGAGGGAGGGAGGGAGAGAGCGAGCACACGCGCGCGGGAUACGUUCGAAUUCUAAUAUAUAUUGACGUCAAGUAAGAAAAAAAGAGAUCAGCGUCUCUGAUCCCCGACCCCGAUCCAAAUACAUAUUUCAACUAUCACCGAGUGCGUCGGCCUUUGACGUUGACAACCUUGUUGUUACAUACGUCGGUACUUUCGGACAAAGCGCUUAGAUUCGCUCGUCACUACUUCUAGUGUCUGUGACGUGCAUAUGCGCGCGCCUCGCGCGCGCUUUGCGCUCGCCAAGGUGCCAAGCGAUCUCGAGUAAAGAUCAAGUACUCGACAUCUACGAAGAAUCGCGCAAAGAGAGGCAAGAGUGAAGAAAUCAGAAGGACCAAAGGAAGUCAAGUGAGAAUGUCAAGGACGAAUUACAGCGCCGCUGAUACAAGGAUGGUGGUAGUCGUCAUGAUCGUGGUUACGUUGUGCUAUCCAACUGUGAUCGACACGGCUAUGGUAGUCAGGACCGAGAUUUUUGGUCAACGUCUACAAAAUGUAGUUUUGCACGGACCUAAAAACACGAGAGUUCUACGGAGUACGGAGGGAAACGAGGACGACCAGAGGCGGUACUGUUACAAUUUACCUUGUGCGUGGGAGGUCUAUAAUCCGCGUACGCGCAUCUCCGAAUACGUUAUGAAAAAUCACUGCGAGUGCCCGGAUAGCACUUACAAGUGCGUGCGCUACCACGACGUCCUGCAGUCGGGCGCGUAUCAGUACCGCUGCCGUCAGAACACAACGGCGGACGACAUCGAAUAUCCCAAGGACGCUAACUGAAACAGGGCUUCAUUUCAAUCAGUUUAAAUACAAAAGACGUGACGUCCAUGCAGAUAUCAAUUAUUUCUUUCUAUAGGCAGUACAAAUGGGACUCACAGCAGCCGGCCGCAUUCCUACCACCAGUAAAUUUCGAUAAUAAGGAAUAAUAGAAGGCGACGAGAUAUUACGACGAGCUAUAUAAUUUGUAACUUAUAUUCAUGUGCGGUAACAUGUCAACUUUUCGCGUUUUUCAUCUCUUUUGAACAAAAAUCUGAUUUCGUCUGUAUGGAUAUCACAUCCUUUUUAAGUAAUAUAAUAAUAAUAUGUUAUGCGAAGUAUAAGGGCAUAUUAUUAUUCGAUGAAAUGUGCAGAGGCAAAUUUUUCACCCACGUUAUCUCUUGUACUUAACAGAAUCGACUUUUUAUACUUUACGAAAUAGAGCAGGAAAUCCCACGUUGCUUUACCCUCCUUUUGCGUGUAUAACCACAGGACAAAUGUAAUAUUAUUUAUAAUAAUAUAUCGCAUAGAGAGAGAGAGAGAGAGAGAGAGAGAGAGAGAGAGAGAGAGAGAGAGAGAUACAGAAAGAUGUAGAG